AUGGGUUGUAUACAAGUAGUAUCGUGCCGACUACACAGGCCAUACCUGUCUCUAGCACACACAGUGAGGUCGGGGAGUCUGCGCGCCUCUAGUGAACCUGGUCUAGGAGCACCCCAGACGGUUCAGAUCAGACCUCAUGAAAGACUUGAUUCGGUCCUUGCAUCGGACAGACGACACCGUACUUCUCUAACCGAGUUUUUCAAAGAAAAUGCUGCUACACCGAAUGGCACGGGAUACUUGUAUGGUAGGUUUACAGAAAAGUACCGAUGGGACUCUGGUUCAAAGCAGUGGUUUGCAAGGAAAAAUAAAACUGUGGUUAUUGGCAGGCUAGCAUUUGUUGCUCCUUCUGAAGGAGAGCGUUAUUUUUUACGCUUACUGCUUGUUCAUGUGCCUAGCCCUAAGUCCUUUGAAGAUCUCUUGACAGUUGAUGGAUACAGAUGUGCAACUUUUCAAGAAGCAGCCCUAAAACGCAGGUUGCUUGAAGAGGAUGAGGCGGUUGACCUAUGCUUAGCAGAAGCAUGCGAGGUGCAAAUGCCGUCCGCUCUACGCCGACUGUUUGCAACAGUCCUCAUUUUCUGCCAACCAAGUGACCCAAAUGCAUUGUGGCUGAAAUACUAUGCUGCUAUGUCUGAAGAUUUUAAUCACCAGUUCCCAGAUUCAGAGAGCAAGGUAAAGCAGCUCACGGCCAGAUCAGUCGAGCAAUGUUUGGAAGAAAUGGGAAAAUCACUGAAAACUUUUGGCCUAGCCUACUUGAAUGAGGCUCAAGAUGCCGAGGUCGCUCGAACAAGGGACAUAACUGACGCGCUCGAUGCACCAAUACCUGACCAUUGCGUCGCGUGUCGUGACAGGUUAAACCCAGCCCAACAAGAAGCUUUCAACUGCAUCAUUGACCAUGUGAAGCAGAAAAGGCCUGGAGCAUUCUUUAUUGAUGGGCCUGGUGGGACAGGCAAAACAUUCUUGUACAAUGCCUUGUACGCAGAGGUUCGUCUCAUGGGUGAGAUUGUACUUCCUACCGCUACAUCGCGUAUUGCUGCAGCCAACAUACCCUCAGGAAGAACAGCACAUUCUAGAUUCAAAAUCCCAAUUGAUACUGAAGCUUCCCUCGCCUGUGAUGUCCCAAAGCAAGGAAGUUUGGCUGCAUUGAUACAGGCAACAACUUUGAUCAUAUGGGACGAGGCUUCGAUGGCACGGAAGGAGAAUGUUGAAUCCUUGGAUAUGCUUCUCCGAGACUUAUGUGAUGAGAAUCUGCUUUUUGGUGGUAAGCUCAUUGUUUUCGGGGGUGAUUUUCGCCAGGUUCUGCCCGUCCUUCCCCGUAGGACACAACGCGAAGCAGUCGCGGUCAGUUUAGUCAGUUCUUCCCUCUGGCCUAAACUCACAAAAUUUCGCCUCACAGAAAACAUACGUGCUAGAGAAGACCCGGACUUCUCUCCGUUUUUGCUAGCUUUGGGUAAUGGAGAACUACAAACCAUCGACAAUAGCCUUGUCCACUUGCCGAGUGAGGUUGUGAAACCUCUGGAAAGUGGGAAGGAUCCCAUCACAGACCUCACGGCGCUUACAUUUCCUGAGUUAGACCUCAACAACUUCAGCUCUGACAUAUUUACAACACGGGCAAUUCUGACCCCAAUGAAUGAUGAUGUUGAUUCCAUCAACACGGAUCUGAUUCAGAAGUUCCCGGGCGAGUCUGUUGUGUACAGAAGCUUUGACACAAUGCUUGAUGACAAUUGUAAUGUCUAUCCUACAGAGUUUAUAAAUACACUGUGCCCCGGUGGAAUGAGCCCCCAUGAACUCAUCUUAAAGAUGGGGAGUCCAGUCAUUUUGCUCCGAAAUAGGAAACAAUUUCCUAUCAAGCUCAGUUUUGCAAUGACAAUCAACAAGUCCCAGGGUCAGACCCUUAGUCAGGUUGCCGUUUACCUUCCUCGGCCAUGUUUUUCCCACGGGCAGUUAUAUGUCACCUUGUCACGUGCAAGACAAGCCAGCCAGGUUACAGUAAUUUCAAAGAACUCUCCACAGCAGCUACCUGGUACGGAAGUUGAAAAUGUCAUUUCGUACGACGUGCUAAGGUUGGCUGGAAGCAUGCAGACAUUUUGA